AUGGCGCCUCCCGAAGCGCACCACCUUUUCCAUCGACCUAUUGCCGACCAUUCGUUCUCUUCGGACAGAGGCACCCUUGCGGUGGCCAAGGACAAUGUUGUUGAGCUCUAUCAAGCCACGGGUAACAAGUAUACUUUGAAAGAGGAACUUAAAGGCCAUGAUAAGACCGUCACCAGUGUCGACAUCGCCCUCAGGAGUGGACAAAUUGUGACCUGUUCCCAAGACAGAAAUGCCUAUGUAUGGGAGCAAACUGGAUCCGGAUGGAAGCCUACUCUUGUGCUGCUCCGAAUUAAUCGUGCCGCAACCUUCGUUCGCUGGUCUCCAUCUGAACAGAAAUUCGCCGUCGGAUCAGGCGCCCGCGUUGUUGCCGUUUGUUACUUUGAGGAGGAGAAUGACUGGUGGAUCUCGAAACACUUGAAGAAACCGAUUCGAAGUACGAUAACCACUCUUGGAUGGCAUCCCAACUCUGUUUUCCUUGCAACCGGUUCGACCGAUUCGCACUGUAGGGUGCUUUCCAGUUACAUCAAAGGAAUUGACAAACGCCCGGAUCCGAGUGUGUGGGGUGAGAGAGUGCCAUUUAACACCAACUGUGGAGAGUACUUGAACGAUUCUGCCGGAUGGGUUCACGGCUGUGCCUUUUCCCCCAGCGGUGAUGCCCUGGCAUUUACUUGCCAUGACAGUAGCGUUACCGUGGUGUACCCUUCGGCACCAGAUCAGCCUCCCAGAGCGAUGCUGAACAUCAGCACAAGGCUGCUUCCCUUUAUGAGCUUGGUUUGGAUUAGUGAGAAUGAAAUCGCUGCGGCAGGCCAUGAUUGCCAAAUUUACCGUCUGAACGGUGAUGAAUCUGGUUGGAAGAUAGCCGGAUCGUUGGAGACUAAAGGCGGAGCAGGUAGAGGCGCUGUUGCCGAGGAAUCUGCCCUCAAUAAAUUUAGGCAGAUGGAUUUGAAAGGUAGCACAAAGGAUGAUUCCAAGCUCCACAGUGUUCAUCAAAAUACCAUCUCAACUCUUAGGGUCUACUCCGAGACAAAUGGUGCUGUUAAGAAAAUCAGCUCUAGCGGUGUCGAUGGUAGAGUCGUUAUCUGGGAUGUGUAA